AUGAAGCUGGAAGCUAGCUGUGGCAUAGCCACCUCAGAGGUCCUUAAGGCCAAAAAAGAGCCUGAGCCAGAUGCGGAGCCACUCUCAGAGACCCGGCCACAGGAGGUCAAGGCCAACUCCGUGGGGUCCAAGCCCAGGUCCGGAUCCAGGCCUGAGGCCGAACAGUUGGACUUCGUGGUGGCCACAGAACAGGAGUUUGAGGAGGUGCUGGCUAUCUCUGGAGACAUCUACGGGGGCCUCGACUACCUUCCCAGCCGCUACCACAGCUGGCUCCGGGAUCCCAACCGCACUGUGGUGCUGGCCAAGCGCAAUGGAGGAGUGAUCGCGCUGGAGUCGGUGCAUGUGAUCGACGCUGGGGAGACGGCUCUGGUGGAGGGGCUGCGCGUGGCGCCUUGGGAGCGUGGCAAGGGCGUGGCCGGGCUGCUGCAGCGCUUCUGCUCGCAGCUGGUCAAGCGACAGCACCCGGGGGUCAAGGUAGUACGGCUCACCCGGGACGACCAGUUGGGCCCCCGGGAGCUGAAGAAAUACCGCCUAAUCACCAAGCAGGGCAUCCUUUUGGUCCGAUUCAACGCGUCGGCGCUGCUGGCAGGGCUGGGUGCGCGGCUGUCUGCACUGCGGGCCACCGGCACCUUCUCACCGCUGCCCACCGAGGCCCUGUCGGAGGCCGGCGGCGACGUAGCACGCCUCCUGCUAUCGCCCUCCGUACAGCGCGACGUGCUUCCGGGCGGGACCAUCAUCCAGGACUGGCAGCCCUACCAGCCGAGCGAGAGCAACCUGCGCCUGCUGGCGGCCAAGGGCCUGGAGUGGUGCGUGGACAGCCGUGUGCGCCCGCGCGUGCUCACGCUGUGCACGCGCCCCUUCCCAAUCCCGCUUGGCGGAGACGGCACUUGGUGCUACCUCAACAUCGACGCCUUCGGCUGCGACGGCGCGCAAGUGCAGAGCCAGCUUCUGUGGCACCUGCAACGCCAGGCCCCGGGCCUUGCUGGCCUCAACGUCAUGUGCCAGCUCUUCCUGGCGCCCCAGUUGUGGUCACAACUGGCUGAUUUCUGCCAGGCCGGCUUGGGGCUCGAGCUGGUCAAGGGUUACACUGAACAGUACCUGCUGGAGGCCGACAUCUGAGGCCUCUACUAUCUGAGGAGAAAGAAGGAGCGUUUUAGAAUAGGCCCCUUCCCCAGAUCCCGCCCCCAUUUGCAAACUCUACCUCCUCCCUCUGCCCUCUGCCCUGCCGCCCACCCUUACCUGAUAUC